AUAAUCAGUUAACUCUAUGUGAAUGUAGAUGUGUGUGUAUGUAUGUGUAACUGUGCUGCCACUUAAUCCUCCGGAGAACUUAAGAAUGCCACAAAAGCAACUGCAACCAACACUGCAAGCAAAUAAUUAUAUAAAGUAGCAACAAUAACAAUAAAAACAACACCAUUAAGUAGUUGUAGUAGCGAAGACGUAUAAACAAUUGUCAACUCCUUAACAGCGCCAGCGGUACGAGGGAGUAAAUAAAUGACAGAUUGACAAAAGGUAAUACCGUUACAAAAUAAUUACUGUUAUAUCAACAUUUCCCACGCACACACACAUCCUUAAACGCCAAUAAUUUCACAUACAAAUGCAUAAAUCCGCGCAUGCAACAACAACAACAACAAUAAACAUUGCAAAAAACGCCAGAGGAGCUAAAGUGUUAAGUAGCCUGCGCUCACCGCCAAUAGCCACACACAAUUCGGUGGCAACACCGCACAAGUGGCGCAUAGGAGAACACAUACUUGCAACAUUGCAACAUACACGCGGCAAACAAAGUCGCAAGCGUAGCAAACGAAACAAGCACCGGCAGCAUAGCAAAAGCUUUUGCGGCACAAGCAAAAACAACAAACGCCACACUAGCAACAACAGACACAUUUGCUGCCGCAGAUAACAAUCCGGCAGACAACGGGCCAGCCGACAGCCGACAGCCGACAACAACAAAGGCCGAAGAAGUUUGAAUUGAAGCAGCCGUCAACUGCAAGCCGGUGGCAACAGCACAACAACGCCGCAGACACAGCAUUAGUAAUAGCAAAAGCAACGGCAAUUACGACUGCCAACGACCGCAACAACGGCAACAUUAACAACAAGGAAACAGCACGACUUAAAGUUGCGCCGACAACAACAAUUUACAACAAGCAUACGAACGGGUAGUGCGUCACAAUUGCAAAAACAAUAGUAAAUACAACAACAACAAUACCAACAUUGCUAAGAGUGUAGCACGCAAACAACUUCCGCAUUGUUGUUGGCUAGGUCAGCAAGUGCCUGCCUGCCGCACCGAACAUUCUACACCCAUCGCUUGUUGCAACAACAGCUCACACAACUGUGCCUUGCAUAAGGCGGCACAAAGGCGCAGUGGCAGCAACAGUGCGCUGCUGUGGAGUAGCCGUAGAAAUACACGUAGCCGUAAGAGCCAUAUCAGCAGCAGUAGCAGUAGCGGGCGUUGCAAAGUGGGCCGCAAUCACGAAGCCGCAACAGCAGCAGCACAAGGAGCACCCAGGCAGCCACAAAGCGCAGAGGGAAAUGAGAUGAAGUGGUUUCAAGUGGCGUUGGAUAUGUUCCUUGUGCUUUCAUUUAUAACAAGCAGCACAUCGAAUCCCGAUGCUAAGCGCCUCUACGACGAUCUACUCAGCAACUAUAACAAAUUGGUGCGUCCCGUUGUCAAUGUGACUGACGCUCUAACUGUACGCAUCAAAUUGAAGCUAUCACAAUUGAUUGAUGUCAAUUUGAAAAAUCAAAUCAUGACAACCAAUUUGUGGGUGGAACAAACCUGGUACGAUUACAAACUCCAAUGGGAGCCGAAAGAGUAUGGCGGUGUUGAAAUGUUGCAUGUACCCUCGGAUCAUAUAUGGCGGCCGGAUAUUGUGUUAUAUAAUAACGCCGAUGGCAAUUUCGAAGUGACGUUGGCCACAAAGGCCACUCUCAACUAUACGGGGCGCGUCGAGUGGCGGCCACCGGCGAUUUAUAAGAGCUCCUGCGAAAUCGAUGUCGAGUACUUUCCAUUCGACGAACAGACGUGUGUGAUGAAAUUCGGCAGCUGGACAUAUGAUGGUUUUCAGGUGGACCUGCGGCAUAUCGACGAGCUGAACGGCACUAACGUUGUUGAAGUUGGUGUUGAUCUAUCAGAAUUUUACACAUCAGUCGAAUGGGAUAUAUUGGAAGUUCCUGCAGUGCGAAAUGAGAAAUUCUACACAUGCUGCGAUGAACCUUAUCUGGACAUAACCUUUAAUAUCACAAUGCGCCGUAAGACGCUCUUCUAUACGGUCAAUCUCAUUAUACCCUGCAUGGGUAUUAGUUUUUUAACAAUAUUAGUUUUUUAUCUGCCAUCGGACAGUGGCGAAAAGGUCUCAUUAAGCAUAUCCAUUUUACUGUCACUGACUGUGUUCUUCUUGUUGUUGGCUGAAAUUAUUCCACCAACGUCGUUAGUUGUGCCACUUUUAGGGAAAUUUGUGCUCUUCACAAUGAUAUUGGACACGUUUAGUAUAUGUGUCACGGUCGUUGUGCUCAACAUACACUUCCGCUCGCCGCAGACACAUACGAUGGCACCCUGGGUGCGAACGGUGUUCAUCAAUCAACUGCCUCGCUUUUUGGUCAUACGGCGACCACUCUACCCUAUUAGUGAGAUGAUCAAAUCAUCGCGUCGCCUGAUGGUUCGCACUUGCAACGGAUUUGAUUUGGGCGACCAAAUACCACCGGUACCACCACCAGCGGCCUUGUCUAGAAUGCAUCACAGCCCCAAGACAACGUCGCGCAGUACCUCGCCACAUCUGCAGCAUCGUGUACAAAGUCUAAAUAUACUGGACGACACGACGAUUGGUGGUCUGGGUUUCAGUACCACCGGCACUGCGUCCGUAGCUGGUCAGUUUUCUACACUUUACCCCUCCAAUAUCUCGACGGUGAAUCAACAAACAUCGACUACAUCAUCGCUCGUGGAUGCACAACAUCAUAGUCAAUAUCAACAGACUGGCGGCUCACUGCUCGAUCAUCCAUUGACGCCAACGAAAUUUCGCCAACAAAAGACUUCCACUUCGGUACAGACGAACGGUUACGACGGGCCAUCCACCUCACAGUUCGGCCGACUGAACCAGCAACACCAACAACAACUGCCCAUCGGCGCCAUCUCGGCGUCCACUUCGACGCUACAUCACGUCCACACGCAUUCGGUGGGUGUGGGUGGCGGUGUAGGUUUCGGUGCGGCCAGCACCUCUACACACCAUCUGUAUCGCCAACAGUCAGCGUCCUCUGCACAAUUUUCGCCCGUUCCAGCACCACUGCAUCCCCAUCAGCAACAUCAAUCGACCACGACGUGCGAUCUGCUGGGCCACAGCAAUGCAAAUGUGAUAAAGUCCACGACCACCGUGAACUCGGUGGCGACCGCUUCGACGCUGGCGGACUCUUGUUGCAGCGGCAUACACCAGGGUGCGGGUGCUGGUGCGGCCUGCCAAUCGUCUGAACAGCCACCGCAUCAAUAUGCCACAACUGGUGCCGGUGGCAUUGGCGUUGGCGGUGCGCAAGGAGCCGCUGGUGGCGCCCUGCCGCGUGAAAUACUGCCAGCGUGUCAGCGAGAUGGUGGCACGCACUGUUGUCUAACGGGCGAAAAGGGAGGCUGCUUUAGUGAAACGCGGCAUCAUUGGCAUGCCUGUCCCGAACUGCGAAAAGCUAUGGAAGGUGUGAAUUAUAUAGCGGAGCAAACGCGCAAGGAGGAGGAAAGCACAAGGGUCAAAGAAGAUUGGAAAUACGUGGCCAUGGUAUUGGAUCGUCUAUUCUUAUGGUUAUUCACAAUAGCCGUUGUCGUUGGUACGGCCGGAAUAAUAUUGCAAGCGCCGACGUUAUACGACACGCGCGUACCAAUCGAUAUUAAAUUGUCGGAAAUUGCAACGACAACAGCGAAACCGAGCAUUGCCAAACCUGUGUUAUAAAAACAAAUUGCAAAGAAACCAAAACAAAAACAAAAAACGAAAACAAAAGCAGUAACGGAAACAGAAACCGCAACAGAAACAGAAGCAGAAAACAUAAAGUAGUUUCUUAAUGCAACAACAACAACAACAAUAAAUAAUAAGAAGAACGUUAAAAGUAAUUUAACAUAAAGUGCUUAGAAGAGAUAACAAAUGCUCGUACACUACAUAAAUUAAGUUGCAUGUAAAAAAAACAAAAAAAUAAACAUACAUAAACAUACCUAAACAUAACCUAAGAAGCAAAAGCAGAAGCAGGUGGAAGGCAGCAGUCAACUGAAAUAUAUACAUACCUACAAGCAUAUACAUAUACCAACAUAAAAACAGCAAUAAAGGAUUAAUCGUAAUAAAAAUGGACUUGCAAGCAAAUAACAACGCACUACACCAUCAACAACAACA